AUGUCCGCGAACGCUGGCAACGUUGCUCGUGGUCUGAAGGCCGCCGUCUCCAACCCCAACAACUCUGAGGAAGCCAAGGAGCGUGCUCAGCAGCGUCUCAACGACAUGGAGGCGAGCGGCGAGGUUGGCAGCACCGAGGCCCACAUGGCCCAGGUCAAGCAGGGCCACAAGGCUAACCUUAACAACCCCAACACCAGCGAGGAGUCCAAACAGCACUCCAAGCAGGUCGUUGACCAGGAGUAGACAUGGCAUUGGC